UCCGCACCCACGAUGCACCGCGAUCAAUCGCGAACAAUCGCGAAUAUAUCGCGAUCCGUAAUCUUCCUGCCCUUUCCUUUCUCAACUUUUCUCAUUCUUUCCCCAAACCCACCACGAUUUGUCUCGACCUAUCCGGAGCGGGGAUUUUCGCGGAUAAUGGCAGAAGAAGAAUUUGAGGAAAAGGAGUACCGUUGGGAAACUGGUUACGAAAAAACAUGGGAAGCAAUUAAGGAAGAUGACCAUGGUCUGUUGGAAGCCUCUGUCGCAGAUAUUAUUCAUAAUGCCAAGAGAAAACGUCAGUUGGAAAGAAAACAGGGUGCCAGAUUAGGAAUGAUGAGGCAUCUUUAUAUCAUCUUAGAUGCUUCGGAAUCAAUGUCUAAUCAAGAUUUGAAACCAACUCGUUUUCUGUGUUCUCUAAAGCUUCUAGAAGAUUUUAUCGAAGAAUUUUUCUAUCAAAAUCCUAUAAGUCAAUUAGGUGUAAUUAUAACUAGAAAUAAAAGGGCUGAGAAAAUUAGCGAUUUGGCUGGUAACUCAAAGAAGCACAUUAAGGAAUUGCAAAUUUUGCAACAAACUGUAGUAGGCGGUGAGCCUUCUUUGCAAAAUUCUUUAGAAUUGGCAACAAAGUUAUUGAAAUUAUUACCGUCGCACGCUAGUAAAGAAAUAUUGGUAAUUAUAGGAGCUUUGACUACAUGCGACCCUGGAGAUAUCAACGAAACAAUAAGAAAUAUGAAAUUGGACAGUAUUAGAUGUAGCGUAAUAGGAUUGGCCGCUGAAUUAUACAUCUGUAAACGAAUGGCAAAUAUUACCGGUGGCGAACAUAGCGUUGCGCUCGAUGAUAAACAUUACAAGGAGCAAUUGAAUGCACAUAUAGAUCCUCCGCCUGCUGCAACGCGAUUAGAUGCAGCGCUUGUGAAAAUGGGAUUUCCUCAUCACGCUCUACACUCUAACGCACCAGAUACAUCUAUAACAGUAUGUAUGUGCCACGCACACAAUUCUGAUGAAACAGUUAAAUUUAUGACUACCGGCUACCUUUGUCCCCAGUGCAUCAGUAAACAUUGUGAGCUACCUGUGGAAUGUAGAGCUUGCGGUCUUACUCUAGUAUCCGCUCCACAUUUAGCCCGAUCAUAUCACUAUCUAUUUCCUGUUGAUCCUUUUAAAGAAAUUGCACCUGAUAGUGAUUAUACUAUCUGCUUUGGUUGCCAAAAAGCUUUUGCUCAAAAGGAUAAAAAGGUAUAUGCCUGUGGAAAAUGUAAUCAAAUGUUUUGUUUAGACUGUGAGAUUUUUAUUCAUGAGAUAUUGCACACGUGUCCUGGUUGUGCAAUAAAUCCCGAAACAUAUAAAAAAAGAGAGUCUACAGAUAGAUCAUGAAAUGGUAUACUUGAAAAGUAUAUUUAUUUAUAUAGGAAGAAAAUUUGUAUAAAUACAUAUGAACAUUGCGAUAAAAUAGAUGCAUUUUACUUGCGCGAGCGCAUUUGUUCCAGAUUAAAAAUAUUAAAGACAUUUUUAUAGAAAAAAAAGAAAAAUUUUCUUUGUAUACAGAUUACCUACCUACAACGUUAACGAUACUAAUUGUAAAUUAUUUGAGAAUAUGGAUGUAUGUAUAUAUAUAUACACACACACACACACACACACACACACAAUAUUUAUACAUUACAUAAUAAAAAGGGUAAAGAGUAUUGCCAAUAUAUUUUGACGAUUCCAUCUAAAACGAAAUAAGGUAUAUAUUUUGUGCAAAAAUAGUGUGAAGAGAGGGCGAGGAGAGAGAGAGAGAGAGAGAGAGAGAGAAAGAAUCUCCGAGCAUCUGAUAUGUGACUGGAAGUUUGCGAUAACAAGUUAGCGCAGCGACUCCUAACGCUACGCAAAUGUCCUACUUCAAUAGUAUAGUGGGGGAACAUUGAAGCUUAUUGUUACAUAGACAGGUGGAAAGUGGUUACUGUAAAAUUAUAGUACGUUAUUAAUUUGCGGUUGUCCGCCGAAGCAAUCAGUUCUUGAGUACGAUUGACGCAUUAGCAAUUUGAUUCACAUUAUUCAUCCUAUGUUGAUUAAAUUUAAUAUUGUGUACAUAUUAAUAUUCCUAUUUUAUACAUAUCAUCAAACUAAGGUAAGCUUGUUUAUUCAAUCACAUCAUGACAAGUAUUUGAUCAUUUUAAUGUCAAUCAAUGUCAGAGAAAUCUGUUUUACUAAUUGUUUAUUAUUAUUUGUCAAUUGUUCCCAUAAAGUACGUUGAAAGAUUCUUAUAAUAUUGAUAGUCGGUAGAAUAUAAAUAUUGUCACAUAUUUUAUGCAUAAAUGUUUAUGCAUGUUGUUCGUAAACGUGCACACACACACACACACACACACAAACACACACG